AUGUCUCAUAAAUUCCCGGAAGUCCAAGGCGGAGGAUCCCUGAUUGUGGCCUGGCAGACCAGGAACAAGCACGUUGUCGUAGUCGGAGGCGGCGAAGUCGCAGCAGGCCGCAUCCUGCACGCCCUCAAUGCCGAUGCCAGAGUCACCGUCGUGUGCCCCCAGACCGGGCUGAACGAAGAAGUCGCCUACCGCGUGGCCCAGAAUCAGGUGUCGCAUGUCGACCGCGUCUUUGAGCCCCAGGACCUCGAUGGCGCCGACAUGGUGUUGUGCGCCAUUGACGACCCAGAAGCCUCCACCCAGGUGUGGAAGCUGUGCAAGGAACGCCGUAUACCAGCCAACAUUGCAGACGUGCCGCCAGAGUGCGAUUUCUUCUUCGGCAGCGUGCACCGCGAUGGGCCGCUGCAGAUCAUGGUUAGCACCAACGGCAAUGGGCCCAAGCUGGCCAGUAUCGUCCGCAAGAAGAUUGCCAAUACGCUGCCUCAGAACACGGGGGCUGCUAUCGAGAAUGUCGGCCGUCUACGCAAGAAGCUGAGAACGGUCGCGCCAAAUGCCGAGGAAGGACCGAAACGAAUGAAAUGGAUGUCGACGGUCUGCGAGUCUUGGUCAUUGGAGGAUCUCGUAGAGAUGACAGAAAAGGACAUGGAUGCUCUCUUGAGCUUCUACCAGCCCAACAAAGUGCCCAGUCUCCAAGAUGUCCGGGAAGGAUCCCAUUGA